GACCUUCGUUGAAGGAUCUUUUUAUUCAAAGUGACCAUAUGUUGCUGAAUUAAGGGGUUAGAUCAUAUAUAGGUAGCCAUUUGACCUUGGCUUGUUAAUCAAAAAUGGACGGAAUGAAUAUUCCUCCGAAUCGUAUCCACAAAUCACCACUUACAAAUCCAAGCCAACAUCUCGAUAUCAAAAUCAUAGAGAGAAUUCGCUGGCCGCGAAAAACUAUAAAAUGAGCAAUUUCCAAGUCUCUGAGUCCAAGAUGAAGGAAUCAUCAGACAUGCAAUUGUAUCCCAAUCCAAGUAAAUAACUAGCUCUCCAAAGUUUGACUUCAUCAUGGCACAGCCCGCACCAACCCCAAAGACCGUUUUCAUAACAGGCGCAAAUGGUUACAUCGGUUCUGCCGUAAGCCGCGCUUUCGUCCGAGCCGGGUGGCAACCAUACGGCUUAGUCCGACGCCCAGAAGCGGCCGGAUCCCUCAUUGCCGAAGAAGUAAUCCCUAUCAUCGGCUCCAUCUCCAAAGACGCCACGUUCCUCGACGCCCUCUUUGAGCAUACUAAAACGGUCGACGUUGUGGUCUCUUGCACGGAGGACAUUCCCUUCGGAGCACACUACGAGGCCCUGAUCUCCCAGCUCCGGAAACUGGCCGAGACGUCUAAUCGUAAUGGAGUCCGCCCUCUUGUCUUGUUUACUUCUGGAUGCAAGGACUACGGCAUCAUGGGCGUCCAUGGAUCUCCAGGUCUUGCGCCGCAUACCGAGGAGUCGCCUCUACAGCCUAUCAAGAUCCUCAUAGAGCGUGCUGAGAGCUCGGUUCGUAUUUUUGAACAUAAGGGUUUAUUUGAUGCUGCGGUUAUUCGACCGACUCCUGUUUUCGGGUAUGAUAGCUCGUAUUAUGGGCUAGCGUUCGAAUUGGCGACGGAGGCGGGGAGAAGUAAGGAUGGGGUUUUGACGCUGCCGUUUGAUUUUGGUACGAUUGUGCAUGGGUGCCAUAUUGAUGACUGUGGGGAGGCGUAUGUAGCGCUCGCGGUGCACGAGGAUAGGGAUGUUGUUGCGGGGCAGAGUUUUAAUAUCUCGGCGAGUCGGUAUGAUACCUUGGCGACUAUCGCGAAGGCGUUGGAGGUUGAGUAUGGGCUUAAGGGGGUCGUAUCGGGUCCUUGUGAGGACGAUAGGGUGUUGUCGGCUGAUGUUGUGCUUGGAUAUAGUCAAUGGGUUGGUAGCGAAAAGAUUCGAAAGCUGACGGGUUGGUCGGAUAAGAGGAUGCUACUCUCGGAGAAUUUGCACGUUUAUCGCUUGGCGUACGAAGAGGCGGCGAAAAGGGGUCACCAGGGCGUGUUGAGAGUCAAGGCGAGGUUUGAUGGCGUCCUUGCUGGCUCUACCAUUUAAUAGAGGGGAGGGUCAUAAGCUACCUUUCUGGCGGCGAUGGAGCGAGUUUGGAUGGAAUAGUUGUUAUUGCGGCAUUUAAGCAAAAUUGUAAGCAGAGCAAGCCACCCACGUAACACAGCGGGGCUAUCAUCAAUCGUUACCGGUAUAUUCCUUACCCUAAGAUCUUUGGAAUUUGGGACACAUCGGACUUGGUAGCUAUAAGACCACAUUUAGCGACUUAAAUCCUUUUAUUCGUCCUGAUUAGUAGAUCAAUUGGGAUGCUCUUAAUACCACGCGGCGCUCGUAUACUAUAAUUAUCAACAACUUCUCACGAUGAACAAAUAACAAGUAGGGAAACGUAACGUUGGCAUUAAUCAUU